ACCGGUCUCUUGCAAGAUCAGGGUCAGGGUUAGGGUUUCUUCAAUUCUUCCCCCAGUUCUCCGGUCUCGCCCCAGAUCUCUCUCUCGUCUAGGGCUUUUAGGGUUUUUGAUCUAGGGUUUCGAUCGAGAGAUGGUGAGAGAACGAGAAUCCCAGCAGCAGCAGGUCUCGUACACGGUGGAGCAGCUCGUCGCCGUGAACCCCUACAACCCCGACAUCCUCACCGAUCUCGAGAACUACGUCAAUGAGCAGGUUUCAUCUCAAACAUACAGUUUGGAUGCAAAUCUUUGCCUCCUUCGGCUUUAUCAGUUUGAGCCCGAACGGAUGAGCAUUCCAAUUGUAGUUCGGAUUUUGAUCAAGGCUCUCAUGGCAAUGCCAGCACCAGAUUUUAACCUUUGUCUCUUCCUGAUUCCUGAACAAGUGCAAAUGGAGGAGCAGUUCAAGACACUGAUUGUUCUUUCUCACUAUCUAGAGACUGCAAGAUUUCGUCAAUUUUGGGAUGAAGCUGGGAAGAAUCGCAGCGUACUUGAAGUUGUUCCAGGUUUCGAGCAAGCAAUCCAAGCUUAUGCAAUUCACGUCCUUUCCUUAACAUACCAGAAAGUACCCAGGCCUGUACUUGCAGAGGCCAUCAACAUUGAAGGUCUCUCCCUGGACAAGUUUCUGGAGUACCAGGUGGCCAACAGUGGCUGGGCCCUCGAGAAGGGUCAUGGCCGCUCCCAGCUUAUCGUCCUCCCCCGCAACGAGUACAACCACCCAGAGCUGAAGAAGAACACAGUGGACAGCAUCCCGUUUGAGCAUGUUACCCGCAUCUUCCCCAUCCUAAGUUGAAAAGAUGGUUAGGAUUCAAUGCCACUUGAAGCCGAUGCAGAAUCCAGGUAUAUCGAGGACCUGUCCGAUGUAAUGGUACAGUUGCUUUGCUCUGCAAUUUUGGCUUAUAGGAGAAUUUAGAUGUUGUUUUGAACAGAAUAUAAGCCAAGUCCAUCAUCCUCAAUAUGAGCGAUCAAGGAUAUGUUAGUAUGUUGGAUUUUGAUGAGCAUGCAGGAAGUGUUGUUUCUGCCUGCAGGGAUGUUGCUUGCUUGUGACCCAAUGCAUCAUACAGGUUAUGAGACUUCCCUUUUUCAUGCACGUCCUUGUUGUAUGCCAUGGUGAUGAAAGACUAUAUCUGAUUUGGUGCA